GGUAUUCAGGGAUCAUGUGAUGUUUCAAAAUGCAACACUGUUUUAAGGAGAUGGGCUAUAAAAUAAAUUAGCGGGGGGUCAAUGCAGAAACACUGUUGGGAUUCUAGGUAAUAUAAUAACUAUUAUAUUAACGAGUAUCUCUUUGCGCACCUGUUUCAGAAGAUGUCAACGCCCUCUAGUGGCGGAAUAUCACUGGUGCAGGGUCUGGCCAGUCUACUGCGAAAAUGUGGAGACACAGUUUUGGAGGGCACCAGCACCCUGACUCUCCAGGCUGCUGGCCUCCAGCACCUCACCCACCUGUUUGAGCAGCACCUCCUGUCACGGAAACACCAGCAUGGGUUCCUGGCUCUGCCUUCCCACCCGGCUGACACAGCCUCCAUGCUGCAGGUGCAGUUCCUCUUCGACAUGCUGCAGAAGACCAUCUCCCUCAAGCUUUUUAACCCUAGUGAGUCGAAGAUCCAAUCAGCAGUGAAAAUCUUCCCAUUCAAGUCUCUCAGAUACUUGGAGCUGAAGCGGAUCCCCCCCCACUGCUUGGAGGGACUGAGAGCGGUGUACUCCCAGCUCGAGGUCUUCAUCUGCUCCAAGAGCAUUCAUUCCCUGGAGGAGCUCAUUUCUUCAUGUGGGGGUGAUCUGAGUUCUGCCUUGCCCUGGCUUGAACUGCACACAUUAAAUUUCAGCUAUAACUCGAUCACUGCACUCGACAACUCGCUGAGUUUACUGAAUGUUCUGAAGACCUUAGAUCUGAGUCACAAUAAAAUCCAAGAAUGUGCUGACUAUUUACUACCUCUGUGUGAUUUGAAGCAUUUGAAUUUGGGGUACAAUUUUCUAACCGAAGUACCAAUGCUCAGUUCCAGCUGUCGAGCCAAGCUGGUCACCCUCAUCCUACGCAACAAUGAACUGGAGAGCAUCAAUGGCGUGGAGCAUCUCUCCUCUCUACAGCACCUCGACCUGGCAUAUAACCUCCUUCUGGAGCACACCCAGCUUGCCCCCCUCUCCCAGCUACACUGUCUCAAUCAGCUUAACCUGGAGGGCAAUCCGCUGUACUUCCAAAGCACUCACCGAGCCACCACUGUCAGACACAUUUCUCCAAAAGCAGCCUUCCUCAAACUCAAGUUGGAUGGGCGUACUCUAUCGUUCUCUGAAUUAGCGGUGCUGCCCAAACCCGGUCAGCUGAUUGGCCGGCCUCUGCAAAGCUCCUCCCAGGAAGUGAUAUUGUCUGAGAAGGGGAUCCAGGAAGUGUCUAGUGGAGGAGGCGACAUGAGUGACAGUAUGUCCCAGAGUGAAAAUGGUGCAGCAAGGCUCUCCCGCAAGAAGUCCAAGAGCAAGAUCAAGGUGAGAAGAGCCAGUAUUUCCGAACCCAGUGACACAGACCAUGAUCACAAGAGCCAUUGUACCUCACUCGACAUAGUCUUACGACACCAGAAGGAGAUUGAACAGAUGGACAGCUUCCGUGACCAGCUGGGGGAAGACUGGCUGCGCUAUACACAUCACCUGCAGGAGGCGAAUGAGGCACAGCCCAAAGCAGGCCCAAGCAGCAGCUCUCUUACAGUAUCUGACCACAGUCCAAACAGCAAGCAAAAAACAGCAGGCAGCCCCAGGAAGAGAAUGCACAUCUCUUCAGAGCAGAGGCUGAAUGCAACCCAGGUGACAUCAGAACCUGGAGAGGCAGAGCCUGAGGUAGAGGAAAAUGAGUCUACCUUAGAAUUGGAGGAGCAUAGCCAGGAGGGGGUGGAGUCUGCCCUUGAGGGGUCAGAGCCUACUCUGGAAGAGUGUGUCCAGGAAUUUGAAGAAGAGGCGACAACUGAAAAAAGAAGAGAGGUGGAGGAAGAUGAUGAAGAGGACGAUUUAGAAGUGGAUCUCUGUCACCCCCUGGUGGUAGGCGUCGUGCCCGACGGGGAGUUCCUGGAGUCGGGCGGCUCGCGGCUCUUUCUCCGUGUGAAGCCUCGGCACGCCGUGGAGGUGGACCUACAGAGUGCCAGGGUCCUGGCUCGGCUGGAGCUCAACAGUCUGAGAGAGGUCCACACCUCCCUGGCCCCCUGGAGAGAAAAGGGCAGGGAGGAAACUCUUCCAUCACUGGAACUGCACUUCAGUUACCUCAGCAGGGAUCGGCAGAGGCGGCGAUACGUCAUGCUUGAUGAGAACCCACAGCAGGCCUUGCAGUCCUUAACAGAGGUCUUCUCUAAGAUUGCCGAGGAGAAUGUACAAAAGCUCUUGGAGCUGGAGCCUGAGUCUGUGCGCCUGCAGUGCCUAAAGUGUAAACUGGAGUUCUCACCAGGAAAGCCUGAGGAGCAGAGGAGGCUCCACUCUCUCAACAAGGCCCGAGGGGAGGAGAUGGAGGAAGGGGCAGAGAUAGCUGGCACAGCUCUUGUCUGCCCAGCAUGCACCAGUGACCAUGUGGUCCAGCUUGCCAGCCAAUCAAAACAUUGCACCAGUAGCCCGGCGCCAACCCUCUCGGAAAGGACUUCCAGUGUGCUGCAGAUUGCCUUUGUUGACAGCAACCCUCCCACAGAGGAGCAGGGUGCUGGAGUUUGGGCAAAGUUUCCCAUGAGCAGCAGCCCUCGAGAAAACAUCCCAGUUUUGGAGGAUAACGGGACUGAUGACGAUACGUUGAAGAUGAAUGAACACAGUAAUGUAACUGAAACAGACUCGUUUCUCACGACUAGAAACCUGAGUUUCUACAUUGGAGAAGAGGAGAUGAUGACGGAGGUGGGGCGAGACAGCUGGAGAGACGAGGGCUGCGAGGCUUCAUUUAAUAGUAGCGACUCACAGCUAGCGAGUUUCUGCACAGCCGACCCCUCAACACCUGUGAACAAGAGGGGUUCCUUUACCAGCGGGAUGUCGGGGGAGAUCCUGUAUAAAGGAGACAGUUUGGCUGAGAGCUAUACCCGCAGCAUGCUGGUGGUACCUAAACCACCUUCAGAAUAUGGGGAAGAGUCAAGUGAGGCUCAAUACAACCUCUUCACAGAAGAUUUCCAGAGAGUGGAUCACAGGCUCAAGCUGUUCUUUGAUGUUGAGGUGUUUGAAGAGGGCACAGAGGAGCUGCAGUGUUUCCUGAAGCUGUCAACAGUGAAAUUUGGAGAACCAGGGGAGGUUCCUUCACUGUUGGUCGUAUCAGACCAAUGGAUUUAUGUCUUGGAGAUCUUUUCAGAGAUACGAGGCCAGCCAUCUGAUUGGCUACGGAAGCGCGAGAGCCAUCGCAUCACAGAACUAAGCUACCUGGAGGUGGGGCUGGGCAGCCAGAGUAUCAGAGCUGAGUUUGAGGACAGUGGAGCCGCCUACACGCUGCUGAUCCGAGACAGGGAGAAGUGCAAGAGCUUCUUCAAUCUGCUUACAGGUAUUGUCCGAGGAUUUGCCCCCAGUUCUGACAGCAAACUGAAAUCCAUCUCAACCACAAGAGUCAAUCCCGAGCACCACCUAUGGCCUUUAUUGUGUGAAAAUACUGAAUCGGACAUCUCGGAAGACAGCCAGCUACAUUUCUUCUAUCUCCUGGCAUUUUUAGUUCAAGAUAGCAGUUUGGCCCCAGUAACAGUGCUGGUGACACAAGCCACGCUCUACCUGCUGAAUGAAGACCACCAAUGGAGAAAAGGCAUGUCCAGCCAGACAUCCAGUGGGAAUACAGAAUCCAUUAGUGGGACAGUCCAUAUCCACGAGACACAGCCAAUCAGCUGUGUUAGUUCAGUUCAUCUCUUCUUGUCCGCCCCCUGCAGGAUCGAUAUCAAGCUUUAUGAUGAGAUUGCCAAGGAUGAGAAAACAUGGUGCCUGCAGACAGCGAGCCAGGAUCUGCUGAAGGAUCUUGUGGAAUGGGUCAGGACUCAGUGGGAAGCCAUGUUUGGAGUCAAACUCAACACCAACCUUCACGAAACAGGUUCCUAAGGGAACUGCUAUUUUCUACUUCCCAAGGACAUAUAGAAGUGACAGAGACACUGGUGUAUUUUAGUAGAGGGUUUCCAGUGCUUCAUCCAGGAAAAGCUCCACGAUGCUGAAGGGCAGGGUGAGAUACAAUCAGGAGCUUUCUGGUUUGAAUGCAGUUUGAAUUGUUGCCGAUCUUGGCUGAGGACCCACAAGGAAUGCUGCCUUUUCAUUGGUGCUCCUGUGGGUUAAUGGAAAAUCAUCUGGUCGUAGUUCUCCUCAGUGCAUCCUGGCAACAAUUUCCCAGGCUGGGUCCUUGCAUCCAGAGUUUAGUAGCUUUGUCAAGAAAAGGCCGGCUUGUGAUCUUUAGUUCUGCUGAUAUAUAGGUGGUCAGGCGAUACUCGAAUUGGCGUUUCAAAUCCAGUAGAAAAACAUGGGUAAAUUAAUAAAAGAUUGAUCAAUAAAUAAAUAGAAACCUAGUCUUUUGGCCAUUACUGUACAAUACUAUAGUAUUUUUUUUUUCACUUGGGAAGACAUUGGUCAACACAUUUGUGUGUCUGACCUGAAUUUAUGAUUCAGUGUUUUGAAGUUCCUUUAAAGCGGAUGUGAUAAUAUGAGCUAUGGGAUUUGCUAACAAUCAUUUCAUUCCCCAGCUUCCAUUUGGUUUUCUAAAGUAAUUCUGAAGCAGUCCUCUGUUAAUUCAAUACGGUAAUGACCAGGCAGCUGUUACACAGUGGUUGAGGUUCAUAAAUAUAAGUCUUUGGGAUUGAUUUGACUUUGACUUUCCCCCAUCUGAUUAAUGACUAUGGUCAUGGCAAAAAUGCUAAAAAUAAAAUUAAAAAAAUUUGCAUGAAUGUUACCAUUUUUUAUAAAAUUGGAGAAUGUUACCCAUUUUAAUAAAAGCACCUCAGGGAAAGGUUCCAGUUCACAUUUGCUUAAUUGGAGUUUUGUAGGCCAGUAAUGGUAAUAUAGUAUAUUUGUUAAAAUAUUGUGUCUUAGAGUUUUGUUUUAUUAUUUUUUGGGGGCCUCGUGGAGUAGCUAUACGAACAGAGCAGGGACAUUUCCUGAAGUUAUUAAAGUAGAGGAAUUUCUGUUUUUGAGAAGGUCCACACACAACUGUUUAGGCUGUCUUCAGUUGACUCACCUGGGAAUAAAAGACCAAAAGAGGUUACCGCAAGCAGGCUAAAGGUGAUAAAAGCUGCAUUGCAAGUAUUCCUAAAUAGAAGCAUAUGAGUAAAGCUUAGCAAACCAUUGAAAUGUUUCGGUAUGUAACACCAAUACAGAGAACAUGGCCGCCAAGAUGUUUAAUUGGAAACUGAAAGGGAAACUAGAGGUCUGUAUCAAAAGCAAUUUUCUUUUUGUUUUUAAAGAAGAGAAACAACAGUUUCGAUUACAAAAUGAACAACUUCCAAAAAACCCUGAAUUACGUUUCUUAGUUGUUAUUUUCUAGUUUUAUAAUUUUAAUUUGGUGUUUUUCUUCUUGAAAUUACAACAAAGAAAACAAGAACUGCUACAAGUUAUACUUUGGAAUAAAUAUCUUUGAUAAUAGCCUUUGGCAAUAUUUAGGAAUUGUUCUACUGUGAAACUGUAAAUAAAUAAAUAAUGUCUUAUAUAUGUAUGUAUUUAUGUAUGGUAUUUUACGAAAUGGCAAUCGUAAAACAGUGUAAUUUUUGUAUUAUUAGUUUGCAGAUUGUUUCAAUAAAAGCAGACAUUUUGUUCAUUUGUGUGUUUUGCUUAAACUGCAGUAACGCUACAACUUCCACAUGGAAGAAUGGUUUAAAGUGUAACAUUUUUAAAUGCAAACAAGAAAUGAUGUCAUGUUUUUGCAGAGCUGAUAAUGUUUAUUUGUAUGUAUAUUUUAUGAAUUGUUUGCAUGCUGUAAGGUCUAGCGUCCCCAUCUAGACUGAUGGUUAAUGUGCUUGGUGAUUUUGUAGGGGUGUGCCAAACCUUGCCUAUUCUCUGUGUAAUUGCUGCUGUUUGUUUUUUGACAGAUUGUCUUCAGUUAAACAGUGCUUUUAAAAAUUGGAAUAAACUAGUAAACCUUCCCAAAAAAAUCACCAUUUAAAUCAUGAACUGUAAACUUGAUUAAAUGAGUCAAUAUGGGAUUUAGCCAACAUAUAGCACCAGAUAGGUUUUAAAAUUUAAAUUCAUGUUUACCUGUGUUUUUUUUGUUUUAAAAAAACUGCCCAUUUGAGGCCUAUGAAGUGAAUGUAAGUGCAUGACAGGUAUGACAUUAUUUACUUGACUACAUCCACUUUAGCAGCAGUCCUUAAAGUUUUGUGAAUAGGGACACUUACAUAGCAGUGAUGGGUAAUUGUGUCCUGCUUCCAAAAUGAUCAGAUUCUGGACUAUAUUUCCCCCCCAUAGGCAAACCACAGGCAAAUUGCCCUCACAAAUUUGCCCACAUUGAACAACCAGAUCCAGAGAAAUGUAAUUGAGCCAUUGCUAUAUAUGAGUCAGCUCAAAGCACACUGAAGAAGAGACAGGAAAUAAUUUGCAAACACUUGAAGGAAAAGAAUGAUAGCAAUGGCUACAGUCGGACACAGUGCUAGCAGGGACUAUAAGAGAUUACCAUCACCAUGUCCACACUCAGUUUCGAACCCGGGUGUCCAGAGGUACGAACUUGACCUCAAAGUUUGACCAUAACAUUCUGAUUGGCCCUUUUGGAUGAUUUACCUAAAGCUGCUGUAUCCAAGACUGGAGCAAUUACUGAUGUUUCACAAAGAAUGGUAUUGUGGUUUCAGAUUUUCUGCAGCCGUAGAGAGUAGCUAUUAGAACACUGGUACUAUUGUUUUUAUCCCUCUGAUGUCAGUGCAAAGCUGAAUGCUGUAGCCACAGACAAACCCAGGUUUAUGUCUCUGAAGAUAAAGGGGUGGGCCCCUUUCCUGUAAAGACAUCUCACAGGGGGAUGAAAGUCAUGCACUGACUAAACAGAACUGGAUUCACAAUGGUGUCUAAAACAUGCUGGGGGUAGGUGUGAAAUUCCACAGCCCUCCAAGAAGACUUUGCAAAUGCAUUGUUAGGAGCCACGUAGCCAUCUGCUUCUUGUGUUUUUGGUUUAUCUCUGUGUUACAUUAACAGUGCUUGCUAGUUGUGCCUCCCAAAGCUACUGAAAGCUCCAUCUUGUCCUCUAAUAAGAACGUCUACAUGGUUUCUUUUAAACAGACACACUAGCAAGUAUUUAAUGUCUUCUUAAGUUUCAAUACCUUUUAUAGACCAUUGUGUUCAAUGGGCAAGACCAGAAAAAGAGAUGUUCCCUUUCAUGCGUGCAAUAUUUUAUAGCUAAAAAAGUACUUUUGUACAUGUAAUAAAUAUAUUUUUCAUUUUUUUCCAUUGCUUUAUGUGGGGAAAAUGGCAUGCAUGAAAGUGUGUAUACAGCAAAAGUUGGAAUGGUAUGGUGUUGCAUUUACAAUACUGACUGAUUUAUUCUGUACCAACCAGUAAACACGGCAUAUUGUAGGUCUGUGUCUUUUCAGUACUGACUGUAUUGCACCUGUCCCCACAAAUGACCAAAUAACAAAACACUGCUCUCCCAGCAACUACUGGGGCAGGUAUACUCAGGACAUGGGAUUUAAUGAAUCUAGCACAGGAUAUAUUUUAUAGAAAUAGAUUGGUCGAUUUGCUGCAUUCUUAUAUUUUCCAUGUGUAUUGAAUCCCAUGUAGGCCCAUUUUUGCUAAAUAAUUUAUUUUUUUCUAUUUUGCAUCAAUUCUUUAAUGCGAGAGCCGUCAUUAAACAAUAGGCCCUUUUAAUAUGUAUCUGAUAAUGCUAAACAUACUUAAGACCGACAUUGUGUAAAGAUAGUUGUAGAUCAUAAAGUCUUUGUCAUCACAAAUAUUUUGCAAAUGUUGUGUAUAUUAUAUAUUUUAACAGAAAACUAAAUUGAAUUAAAUCUUUAACCUAAUUUGUCUAGUAACAACACUGAAACCUGAUUGCUUUCCAGGCUAGGUAACAAUACUUAAAUAUCUAUUCGGGUAUUGUAUGAUCCCUUGUUGUAGUGUCAAUAUGUACUAAUGUUUCCUUGGUAUAUUGUUGUUUAAAACCUUAGUUCUUACUGUAAUAUUUUAAUGUGAUAUUAAAUGUGUAAUUGUUUUGUGUGAUUUUCAAGCGUGUUUUGCUGCAUGCAUAUUAAA